AUGGAGAUGGCAAAACCUCUACAAUCCUUAAUUGAUGAGAUAACUAAUUGUCAUUUAACAGAAUUACCUGGCAAAUUGAAGUCCAAUAUGGAAUGGAAUAGACCUAGAGGGGAUUUAUAUCAUUGGAUUAGUGUAUUGAAUCGAUUUGAUGAUAUUUUUGAAGCACAAAUUAAGAAAUAUCAAUUAGAUCAAGAAUUUGUCAAAUUAUCCAUAAUGUCAAGUAAAGAUAGUGAAUUGGUUUCAACAUGUUUAACUUUCACUUUCAUGUUAUUAGAACAUUGUGCUAAUAGAGCUAUCUAUAAAGGUUCUGAAAGAAUAGCUCAUCUUAUAAAUACCCCAACAUUACCAGUAAGAUUAUCUGCUUUACAAGUAUCAGUAGCUUUAAGUGAACGUCGUCUACAUAACAAUUCCAAAAUUUUGAAUGAAAAGGAAUUAAAAGAGAAAUUGUUGCUUUUAAUAUCAUCAUACCCUCCAUUAGUACCAGGAGAUUUCAAACCUUUGAAAAAUGAAGGUUCAAAUGCAUUCAUAUUUGGUGGUCAUUAUAGUUAUCGUCAUACAUUAAAAGUAGAUGCCCAAAUUCCAGAAUCUUGGAAAUCAAUUAAUUUCCAUUAUUAUAAAAAUCAAACCAUCAAAAUGGAUUCUUCACCAUCAAAAUUAAAAUCUCCUAAAAAGGCUGGUACUCAUGAAAAUUUAUGUACAUUUUCAAUAUCAUCAGAAAAUGUCCGGAAAUUAUCAAUUGAACAGAUUUUUGAUAAAGCCAAUGAAGUUAUUCCUAAAAGUCUUUGGUUUGAAUUUGCUCUUCAUGCUCAAGUUACUAAAAGUUUAAAUUCUAAUGAUCAUGAUUCAAUCAUUUUUAGAGAAAAUUUACUUAUGUGUAAAUUAUAUUCUAUUUGUUUCAUUGUCAAUAGUUCUAAAGAAGAUUAUGUUUCAGCCAAAAUAUUUGAAGUUGAACCUUAUAUGUUAGGAUCAUUAGUUGGAUUCAUUAUGGCUGAAAACAUUGACAAUUAUCUGCAUGAACUCAUAUUCCUGGUUAUCAAGGCUUUUGAAUGUUUCUCAAUAAAGAGAUAUUGGGGAGGUGAAAUAAUAAGAUCUUUAGGUGCUAAUGUUAAUCAUGGAGCUAUCUAUCAAACUUUAAAACAUAUUCAUAAGAAAUUACUCAAUCAAGAUCCUAAUUGUUAUCAUAAAGCAUAUAUUCAUCUUUUCAAUAUGAUUGGUAAUUUAAUUGAAAAUCAUACUUUAAGACCAAGAUUAGCUAUGGGAGGUAUUUUGAACGAAUUAAUGAACUUUCUUCAACAACCUUCUAAAUAUAGAUGGGAAGCUUCAGCUGCUGUGCAUCUUAUAACUUCAUUUUUAAGUAAUUCUUCAUCUUCAUUGAAUGAAUUCAUCAAUAAUAACGGAUUUCCUCUUAUGAUUGAUACUAUUGGUGAAGAAGUUAAUUUUGCAUUGGAAAAUCCCGGGUUUGAUGGUGGUCCUCCAGAAGGUUCUGUUGUUCAGUAUACCAUUUCUUUCAGACAAGCCAAUUUCUUAAGAAAUUUGAUGAAAUUAGUCACUUAUUUGAUUCAAUGGGAAAGUGGUGAUAGACUUCGUAAUCUUUUUGAUUCUCCAAUUCUUCAAAGUUUUAAUAAAAUCCUUGUUAAUCCUAAAGUAUUUGGACCACUGAUUUUAUCUUCAACUAUUGAUGCCGUCUUUUAUAUCAUUCAUAAUGAACCUACAGCUUUCUCGAUUUUAAAUGAAGCUAAAGUUAUCGAUACCAUUUUAGAUAAUUUCGAUGAUCUCAUGUUACCUAAUAGCGAUUUGAUCGUAUCCUUACCUGAAGUAUUGGGAGCUAUCUCAUUGAAUAAAGAAGGUAUAAAGAAAGUUGAAUCCAAGAAUUGCUUCGCUAGUUUCUUCAGAAUUUUCUCCGAUCCUAAAUUAUGUAGAGAUUUAGUAAAUUCAGGAAUGGCCAAUAAUUUGGGUGGAUCAUUUGAUGAAUUAGGAAGACACUAUCCAUCAUUAAAACCAAUUAUCAUUGAACAAGUUAAAAAAUUGGUAAGAGAAGCUCCUAAACUUGUUAAUGAGAAUAUUCAAGGACCUAAGAAUUAUAGUCCUUCAGAAUCGGAAAAGACUAUUGAAAAUUGGGAAACUUCAGAUUAUGGGAAUAUCUUUGAAGCCAUAUCAUUAUUUUUCCGUGCUUUGUUGCAAGAAGGUAAUUGGGGUAAUGAAAUUGUUAAUGCCAUAAAAUUCGAAGAAUGGUUACCAUUUUUCGAUUUACCUAAUGCUCCUUAUGAUUUCGUUUUAUCAAAUUUCAAUUAUAAUAUAGUUGAAUUACUCACAUACUUUGAUGAGGAUGAUAUUGAAUAUAGUUUCCCAGUAUUGGUGAAAUACUUGAAGGAGAAAUUCAAUGAUGAAGCUAUAAAGACAUUUAUGAAUUACCAAGGAGAAUCAUCAUUCUUCUCACAAUCAAAUUAUACUGCUGAUGACUUUACUAUGAUUUAUAGACAACUUAACUCAGUGACCAAUUUGUUAUUUGCUUUGAGUAAUGGAUAUUUCAAAUGGGGAGUGAUUUCUCAUGAUAGAUAUUAUCAAUUAGCUGAUAUCUUUGGUAGUGAUGAUGGAUUAGAGUUCUUAACUAAUUUAGGUAAGAUCUUAUCAAGAAUUAUCAUUGAAGAAAAUUACUUAAGAACUAAUUGUGAUGAACAAAUAGCUAUUGAAUCAACUGCUACUCCUGAUAGUGCUGGAGAGAAUCCUAAGAUUAGAAUUUUGAUGGUAGAACCUGAAUCUCAACCCCGUCAUUCUUCAGAAAGAAAAGAUUAUUUAUUCAAGAAUAUUCUCCAAGUAAGAACAAUUUGUUUCAAUUUACUGCAUUCCAUUUCUGAUCUUUUCAAUUAUGUUAGUAAAGUCAUGCAUAGACGUCAAGAAUAUGCUCAAUCUGAAUGGAGAAGAAAAUCAGUCAAAAUCACCACCACGUUAGCUGUGAUUUUCAAAGAUUUGUUGGAUGUCGAAAUAAAAGAUAGUUAUCAACGUAAUUGUUAUUAUUUUGUCACCAUUUCCAUCUUAUUAUAUGUCAUUAGCCAAAGAGAUCCUGGUAAAAAUAUCGUUCAAACAUCUUUAAUCGUAGCUAUGUUGGAUAAGAAGGUUUUCCAUAGUGUUGGUAGAAUUGGAUGUUCUAUAUUCGAUGAAUUAUUACAUCUUCCUGAUGUCCCCAAACAACAACUUAACUAUACUAAACAUACCAUAGAUAGUAUUGACAGAAGUACCUUGAGCCAUAUCAGCAAAAUCUUUGCAAGAAUUACUGUGUAUGAUAAUUUCCCCAGUUUACCUAAUGCUAAUUACUUUUAUCAUAAUACCAUUGAAGAAAAAUUCGAUGUGAUUUCUUCAGCUAUUGGUUAUUCUAGAAGUAUUGCUAUUGAUCUUCUCCUGGGUACGAUAGAGAAAUUUUUCACCAAUCCAACACCCGAUCAAUUUCCUUCCAAUAUCCCUCUUCAAGUGAUUAAAGAUUUAGUAGGCAUUUCAUCAGUUAUUAUCAAUGAUUACGGAACUACAUCCCAAGAACUCUUUGUUCCAUUAGAUUGGAAGAAUGUUUCACCACCUUAUGAUCAAAUUGAAUACUUGAAAUCCUUGGGAAUGGUGGAAUCUAAAGCUAUACAUUAUUUCAAACAUGCUAAAGAUUUACAACCUUUGAUGAAAGGUGAUUGGCCAUGUCCAAGUUCCAGUUAUGAUAAAGAAGAUCUUGAGAACAUUAGUGGUGCUUUGAAAAAUGAUAAUAAACAAUUCGUUAAUGAGUUACAAACAGUUGAUUGCUCCAAAAAAUUAAGAUCUUAUCCUGUCAGAGAUACUGAUUCAAGUGAAUAUUCAAGAUUUUUCGAAUCAUGGUUUAACGUUGCUUCAGCUUAUCCUCAGGUUAGUGACACACUUGCUGAAUCUGUUCUGAUGGCUGAAGAUGGUCAAAUUCCUGUUUUUGUAAGUAAAAAUUUGGAAGCUGAUGCUGAAAUCAGAAAUAAAUUCGUUCAUUCACAUCUUGGACUUGUAAGAUCAAUCCUUUCUUUUAUCAUGAAAGAUAAUAACAUAUCCUUAACUAAGGAUACCUAUAUUCCAAUUUGUAAGAUAGUAGUUGAUUUAGUAAGGGAAAAUAAUCAAGUCGUUAAUGAAGAAUUCAUUGCUGAAGGGUUGUUGAUAGUGGAACAAGCUUUAACUUAUCAAAGUAUACCUAAACAAGAAGUUUUCGAUCAUAAAUGGAACGAAGUGAUUAAAGACACAGUUCUCAUUGAUGAAAACCAACAAACUCAAUUACUUGAAAGUUUGACUUCAGUGGAAACUUUCACCAAUGCAAGUUGUGCUUCUGCCAUUAUUAAGAUUUUAACUGUAUUAUGUAUGAAUCAAGAAAAGAGAGUUUCAAUCCUUCAAUCAAGUCUUAUCGCAAAAUUGAUUCAAGCAAGUGUUUUAUUUACCAACAAUACCGUUGAACCAACCAAGAAAGAUCAACAAGGAUUAGUUGUUCUUUUGAGAAGAUGCUUUGAAUCACCUGAAGUUAUCAAAUAUUAUAUGAAUUCUCAACUUAAACAGAUUCUCCAACGUCAAAAGAAUAGAAAACAAUUACUGGCCCUUUUAAAAGAAUGUGGUAAUUUACCAUUAAGAGAUGCUGAUGUAUUUACUGAGUUAAUGGCAGAAAAAAUCAGAUUUUUUGGUUAUGAUGGUGAACAAGAUGCUAUCCCCAGAUUAUUACCUGUUGUUGCUGCACCUAAUUCCAAACAAGAAGAUAUUGAAAUGAUUGAAAGUGAUAAAACUCAUUCUCAACCCUCGAUUCAACCCAGUUCUAUUAUUCAUACCAUCAUUUCUGAAAUCAUUAAAACCAGUAGAAAAGAUAUUUGGAGUAAUCCUAAAGAGGAAACUACCGGUGAUAAACCGCAAGAAACUAAGCCGCAUGAAAAUAAGAAUAAUAAGUUGAUGGAUGUUUUUAAGAAUCAAGACUUCACAUAUAUUUGUUUCUUACUUCAAACAUUAACCGAAUUAUUGGGUUCUUACAUGCAUGCUAAACUUGAAUUCAUUACAUUCUCCAAAAAAGAAAAUUACACUGAAAAUGUCAAGCCCAGAUCUACAGCUCUUAAUGUGUUACUUCAUCAAUUGAUACCUACACAACCAUUAUCAACUGCUUCAGGUAUUGAGUCUGAUAGAAGAUCAGCUAUUUCAUCAAUCACUAAGAUUGCUAUUUUAGCUUUGAUUUCAACCCCUGUUCUUGAUGAAACCAAUGAUCCAAAACCAAGAAAGGAAAAUGGUGAUAUGGCAUUCAUAAGGAAUUUCUGUACUGAUGUCAUCUUGAAAUCUAUGAGAGAUACUUUUAAUUCAGGACAAUCUAAUCAAACCAAAUAUGGUAAAUUAAUUGAUCUUUAUGAUUUGAUCGGAUCAUUAGUAUCCAAUAAAUUACGUCAAAUAUCUGGUCCAUUAUUGGAUAAAAAUGCUAGUAAGAUGGAUUCAUUCUAUAUUUCAAGAUGUUUAAUUGAUAAACAAGUACCAAAUCAAAUUACUUCUAGUUUAGCAUCAUUUGAUUUGAAUUUCCCUGGUAUCGAAAAAGUUGUUAAAGCAGCAGUUCAUCCUUUAGGACUUUUAGCUAAAUUAAAGAGUGAAAAUCAAGAAAAUUAUGAUGAUCAAGGUGAAAAAGAUGAUGAAAUCCCUGAUCUGGAAGAUGAUGAUGAUGAAAGAGAGGAAGAAGAAGGACCAGAUUUAUUCAGAAAUUCCACUUUGGGAAUGUAUGAUAUUGAAUAUGAUAGUGAAGAUGAAAUGGAUUAUUUUGAUGAUGAAGGUGAAGAUUUAGAAGUUCUUAUGUCGGGAGAAGAAGUUGUUAGUGAUGAAAAUUCUGAAGGUGAUGAUGAAGAUGAUGAUGAAGGGGAUGAUUCAGAUGACAUGGAUGAUAUCGAAGAUGAUGGUGAUGAAGAUCUUGACGAUGAAGAUCUUGAUGACGCUUCAAUGGCUGAUUCUUAUUAUCAUGGUCAUGAUGUUGAAAUAAUCGAUGAAAAUGCUAGUGAUUAUGAUGAUAGUGAUAUUGAAAUUAUUGAUACCACGGCUGUAGGACUUGACGAAGGAGAUGGAUCUGAAUUUUAUUUUGAAGAUUCUCAAGGUGAAGAUGCUGAAAGUAGUGAAUACAGUGAAGGAGAAUUGGAUGGAUGGAUUGAAGAAUUUGGUGAUGAGUCCGAAGAUGAAGAUGAAGAACAUGAUCGUGCAAAUCAUAAUGAUGAAGAUAUGGACGAUGGUAGAAUCAUCAUUGAUGAAGAAGGUGACCUUGAUGGUGAUAGUGAUGGAGAUUCUAUUGCAGAAGAAGAUUUCGAUGGUGUUGGAAUAGCUUCAAGUAGUAGAAGAGCUCAAGGAGAAAUGGCUACCUCAUUUUUCGAUGCCCUUCGUCCUCAUAUGAAUCGUGGUAAUACUUUAGCUAACAUUUUCAGUGGUAUCUUGGGUAAUAACAAUACCACUCAAGGUAAUGAUGGAAUUUUCAGAGGUACCAUUCAAUUAGGUAAUGUGGAUGUUGCUAACGGAGUUCCAAGAUUUGAACGAGCUAUUGAAAGUAUUCUUGAAAUUGCUGGUAAACCUGACGAUAGAUCUGUUGAUCCAUUAAGUAAUUUAUAUAUUGAAUCUACUUUGGAAAGAUGGAAUGAAAGUAUGACAAAAUUAAGAUUGGAUAAAAAGGAAGAAUUCCUCAAUUAUCUUGCUGGCUGUAUUGGUGAUAAAAUCGUUGAAGAUAGUAUCGCUUUGGAAAAGAAGAGACAAGAUAAAGUUGAAGAAUUAAUAAUCAAACGUGAAGAAAAACGUCGUCAAAAGGAAGAUGAAAGAAUGAAGAAAGAAGAACAAAAAGCUCAAGAAUUAGCAGCUGAAGUCAAUGAAAAUGAUGAACAACAAGAACCUGUAAUGGUUCGUAUUGGUGAUAGAGAAGUUGAUAUCAGUGGAACUGAAAUUGAUCCUGAAUUCUUCGAAGCUUUACCUGAUGAUAUGAGAGAAGAAGUAUUUACUCAACAUGUUAGAGAUAGAAGAGCUCAUGCUAGUACUACAGGUGCUAAUUCAAGAGAAAUUGAUCCUGAUUUCCUUAAUGCUCUUCCUGAACAAAUUAGAGAAGAAAUUUUACAACAAGAAUCCAUGGCAAGAUAUUCAACUGGUAGAGAUGAAGAUGAUGAAGAUGAUUUCGAAGAAAGUGAAGAUGAUUUCCAUGAUCAUAAUGAAAGUAUUAGAAGUGGAGAUGGUUCAUUCCAUAAUGCAUUCCAAGAUCUUGAAUCUGAAAACAAAUCCGAACCUAAGAAACCUGAAGAGAAACCCAAAAAGAAUAAGAAAUUAUUCUUUACUCCAUUAAUUGAUCGUUCAGGUGCUGCUUCACUUUUGAGAUUAUUAUUCAUUCCUCAACCACUCAAUAAACGUGAAGGUAUUCAUCAAUCAUUGAAAUACUUAUGUUUGAAUAAGCAUACAAGAAUUGAAGUUUUGAAUUUAAUAGUUUUUGUUUUACAGGAUGGUUUACUCAAUAACAAAUCAUUUGAAAAAUCUUAUAAUCAUCUUGGUUUUAAAGCUUUCAAGACCGAAGGAGAUGCUCCUAAAGUUAAAUCGAUUUUACCUUUGAAAGCUACCAUCAUUAAUAUUGGGAAUCAAAUGGUCGAUUUACUUCAUUAUUUAUUAGAAGAGAAUAAGCAUAUGAGAUAUUACUUCAUUACCGAACAUGAUAAUCCUUAUACCAAAAACAAAAAGAGUAAAUUAAGUAUUGGGAAAGCUGAUAGGUAUCAGAUUAAUUCUUUAUUAAGAUUACUUGAAAAUCAACCAUUAAGAGAUGAUCAACCUUUCAUGGAUGUUUUAUCUCGGGUUUUACAAUUAAUCACCAAAUCUUUAGAUACUUUUAAACGUCAUAAAGAUGACAAAUCAAUGUUAACACCUUAUGUUCCUGAUUAUUUAUUAAGUCAAAUGGUUAAAUUCUUAACUUCAUAUUAUUGUCCAAACACUACUUUCAGAAGAGCCAUUAGUGCUAUGCAAAAUUUAGGUAAUUGUUUAGAUAAUGCUCAAAGAAUCUUUUCCAUUGAAUUAAGUGAUCAAGCUACUAAUUUAGGUCAAGUGAUCAUUUCUGAUUUGAAUAAAUCCAUUGAUGAAAUAAGAAUAGGUUCAGUUACUAGUGAAGAAGAUUUGAAAUUAGUUAAAUUUAAUGAUCCUUCUUCUGAUCAAUCAAAAUUAUUAAGAGUUUUAACAGCUCUUGAUUAUAUGUAUGAAUCUAAGAAUAAAAAGGCAAUUGACGAUGUUGAAGAAUUGACUGAAUUAUAUAAAAAAUUGGCUUUAGGUUCAUUAUGGGAUGCUUUGAGUGAUGCUUUAAGAGCAUUAGAAGAAAAUCCUAAAUUGACUGAUUUAGCUACAAUUUUAUUACCUUUAAUUGAAUCAUUAAUGGUUGUUUGUAAACAUAGUAAGGUUAAAGAAUUACAAGUUAAAGAUGCUGUUAAAUAUCAAGCUAAAAAGAUUGAUUUCACUAAAGAACCUAUUGAAAGUUUAUUCUUUUCAUUCACUGAUGAACAUAAAAAGAUUUUAAAUCAAAUGGUAAGAACUAAUCCAAAUUUAAUGAGUGGUCCGUUUGCUAUGUUAGUUAGAAAUCCUAAAGUAUUGGAAUUCGAUAAUAAAAAGAAUUAUUUCGAUAGAAGAUUACAUGAAAGUUCACCUAAAGAUCCGAAAACUUUGGCUAUUAACAUCCGUCGUGAUCAAGUAUUUUUAGAUAGUUAUAGAGCAUUAUUCUUUAAAACUAAGGAAGAAUUCAGAGAAAGUAAAUUAGAAAUUAAUUUCAAAGGAGAAUCAGGUAUUGAUGCUGGUGGUGUUACUAGAGAAUGGUAUCAAGUAUUAUCAAGACAAAUGUUUAAUCCUGAUUAUGCAUUAUUUACUCCAGUUUCAUCGGAUGAGAAUACUUAUCAUCCUAACAGAAUUUCUUAUAUUAAUCCUGAACAUUUAUCAUUCUUCAAAUUUAUUGGUAAGAUUAUUGGUAAAGCUAUAUUUGAUAAUUGUUUCUUGGAUUGUCAUUUCAGUAGAGCUGUUUAUAAAAGACUUUUAGGCAGAAAAGUUUCUUUGAAAGAUAUGGAAACUUUAGAUUUAGAAUAUUUCAAAUCUUUAGUGUGGAUGUUAGAAAAUGAUAUAACUGAUGUUAUUACUGAGGAUUUUUCAGUGGAAACUGAUGAUUAUGGUGAAAAGAAAAUCAUUGAUUUAAUUCCCGAUGGUAGAAAUAUCCCAGUAACUGAAGAAAACAAACAAGAAUAUGUUAGAUUGGUUGUUGAAUAUCGUUUACAAACUUCUGUUACCGAACAAAUGGAUAACUUCUUAAUGGGAUUCCAUGAAAUUAUUCCUAAAGAUAUUAUUAAUAUUUUUGAUGAACAAGAAUUAGAAUUGUUAAUCAGUGGAUUACCUGACAUUGAUGUUAAUGACUGGCAGAAUAAUACUUCUUAUAGUAAUUAUUCCGCAUCUUCAAUUCAAAUUCAAUGGUUUUGGAGAGCUGUUAAAUCUUUUGAUAAUGAAGAAAGAGCUAAAUUAUUACAAUUUGCUACUGGUACUUCUAAAGUUCCAUUAAAUGGUUUCAAAGAAUUAAGUAGUGUUAAUGGUACUUGUAAAUUUUCCAUUCAUAGAGAUUAUGGAAGUCUUGAUAGAUUACCUUCAUCUCACACAUGUUUCAAUCAAAUAGAUUUACCUGCAUAUGAAACGUAUGAAACUUUAAGAGGUUCAUUAUUGUUGGCUAUUACCGAAGGUCAUGAAGGUUUUGGUUUAGCUUAA